AUGAACCAGACAACUAAAUCUAAAAUUGAUCAAGAUAAAAUUAAAAUCAAUGAAGUGGGCAAGCAAUUUUUCGAAAUCCAAUUUGAAGCCAAAGAAAAGAUUAUUACUAGGUUAAAUGAAGAGAUCAAAGAUUUCAAUAAUAAAAAAGAGAAGUUUAAAGGUAAAAUCAAUCGUUUAAAUAACAAAUUGAAAGAUGAUUACGAAUAUCUAAAGAAGAUAUUGAACGAGAAAAUUAAUUUAGAAAAAAUAUUAAAGGCGGAAACCGCUCAACUAAAACAAGAAUCCAAUUCUAUGGAAGAAACAGGCUUACGUAAGUUAAAAGAACAACACGAUGAAUUCAUAAAAGAAGCUGGAAAAUAUAAAUCAAUUACUGCUAUAUACGUGGGUAGAUUAAACAAGUUGCACGAAUUUUCUAAGCACGAAGAACUACUCAAACAGAAAUACACAAAUAUUAAAGAGCAAAAUGUAAUCACGGAUAUAAACUAUGAGGUUGCAUUGAAAAAUCUCGAGGAGAAUAAAUAUAAAAGUGAACAAAUCUCGAAAAGAAACAUGUUAAAACGAUGUGUAGAUUUCUCGGUACACAUGAAAAAACAAUCAUUGAUGGUCGAAUGUCCUGUCGAAGGGGCGAGUACCAAAGAAGUCCUUGAUCUUAAAGAAAUGUUGGACAUAGGCAACAAACAGAACGCAGUUCACGAACAAAAUCGUCUCAAUUUGAAGGAAGCAAAUAAUGCGCUUAACGAGUUAGUUAAAGAAUUAUCGAAGUUGAACCGAGAAAAAAUUAAACAAAAAAAUACUGACGAUUAUUCGAAGGAGAAAAACUAUGCCGCCUUGCGUGCUUAUAAUACUCAACAGGAUGUGAGCAUUUUGGCAAGCGAACUGGCCAACGUGAAUGAUUUGCAGGGAAUACAGCGGCAGGAUAAGGAUACUGUAAGGCGUACAGCUCGAAUGUCGUUUGUGAAGAAUUUCGACAAUGACGAUGCCCAAUUGCAAGCCAUAGACAGCGAUUUGCAUGCGGCCCAGGUGACAUUGCGUGACAGUAGGUCUGCCAACCAGCUGUUGAAUCGUCGGAUUUGGAAAGUUGAGGACAUGUUGUUGAAUGUCUACGAGAAAGCAUCGGUUCAUUUGGAAGAGAUAAAAUCAAAUACAAACGAAUCCGAGGAAAAAAUGAAUAGUUUUAUUCAAAAUCUAUACAAAGAAUUAAGAACAUUUUAUCUUUGA